ACUUUUGUCAACGAAUUGAGAUAUAAUAGAUUCAUCAGCUUGUCAGAAGCAAAGAAAAAGCCAUUUUUGAUUUGCUCUGAAAUCAAGAAAAAAGCAAAAAUAAAAAUAAAAAUUACAAAUAUGAAUCCUCGAAAUUUAGCUGCGUUGCUUUCUUCGCUAAUUGCUCAAUUACUCCUUUUAAUUACAGUCGUUUUUCCUUCAUCGAAUCCUCUUUGUAUAACAAAUUCGUCUUUAUCUCAUUUUCUUACACCUCUUCUUCUCCAUUUUCUCUCUGUUUCUGAAACUGCCGCUACUCUCUCGCGAAAGAGAAAGCGUAUCCAUUUUUCAGAAUUCGAUGCACCGGAAGGCGAGGGUUUGACCCGGUUUAAACUCGGCAGACCCGACUCGUUCAUCCGACGUAACCCGGAUUGUUUCAAGAAAUUCUUCAAUAUCAAUUCUUCUACUUUUGAUUGGCUUUGCGGGUUGUUAGAGCCUCUGUUAGAGUGUCGUGACCCCGUUGAUUCGCCACUCAAUCUAGCUGCGGAAACUAGGCUUGGAAUUGGGCUUUUCCGAUUGGCUACCGGAGCUAAUUUCUCAGAUGUUUCUCGGAGAUUUACUGUAUCGGAAUCUGUUGCUAAGUUUUGUUUCAAACAAUUGUGUAGGGUGCUCUGUACUAAUUUCCGGUUCUGGGUUGGGUUUUUGAAUUCGGGUGAGCUUGAAUCUGUUUCGAAUCGAUUCGAGUCGAUUUCGGGUAUUCCUAAUUGCUGUGGAGUACUCUGUUGUGUAAGAUUUAAGGUUAACGAAGAGAGUAUAGCAGCUCAAUUAGUGGUUGAUUCAUCCUCCAGGAUUAUUAGUAUUAUAGCCGGUUUUCGCGGCGAUAAGACUGAUUUCCAGGUGUUGAAUUCAUCAACUCUGUUCGAAGAUAUUGAAAAAGGAACCAUUUUUACGAAUUCACAAGGUUUGGAGAUAAAUGGAGUGAGUGUGCCACAGUUUUUAGUAGGUAAUGGAGAUUACCCUUUGUUAAAUUGGUUAAUGUUACCAUUUGAUGAUCCUAUUUCGCAAUCAAAUGAAGAGAAGUUCAACAAUGCAAUCAACGUAAUGCGUUUGCCAUCAGUUAUAGCUGUUCAGAGCUUGAGAAAUUGGGGUGUUUUGCGCGAACCUAUUGAAGGAGAAAUCAAGACUGUUGUGGCUUCUAUUGGUGCUUGUUCGAUACUUCAUAAUAUGUCGUUAUCAAGAGAUGAUUAUUCAGCAUUUUGUGAUGAUUUGAAUGAGUAUUCACCUGACAAACGCAAGAGUUGUUCGAAUCCUGGCGAAACUAAAACCGUAGCAUGUUCUAUUAGAAGUGCAUUAGUCACAAAAGUCACAAAAGCAACAGAGUUUCAGUAACAUUUUUCUAGUACUUAUUUUUAAAGCCAAACAACAUUAUAUUGUUAAUCAAAGUUUAAACCUUUUUGGGCUGUUUAGCAUAAUAGCAACAAGAUGUCACCCUCUUCUGUUCUUUAACAUACACAGCUCUUUCUGGUUGAUUGUCAAUGAACUCGAAAGAAAAUCAUUACACGACUUGCUUCAAGUAGAAGCGAUUGUAUAAAUUGUCAACUUGCAUUUG